AUGUCUUCAGCCACAAUUGCGGCCGGCCAGAGGGCAAGUUCAUCAACGAAAAGGCGGGAGCAGCUUAUUGCGACUUUGGAGGCCUUGAUAUAUAACGAUGAUGUGGACCUGGACCUUUUUCAACCCGGAGUCCCUUGGCCUCAAGCACGCGAUAUUACGCAACAGCCUCAGAAACCUUUUCGAGCACCUUCUCCAGAAGAACGGGGCAAUAUUCAGCCCGACUACCAACAUGACCCAGCAGUAGACUCCGCUAUGGUGGACGCUGCGAACUACUCUCAGCUAUACGCCGAUCCCUUUCACUUUUUCGAUCCAAGUCCUGAUGGUGUCACGGAAAAGACUCCCUCAUGGUUUUCACAAGAUCCUGAAAUCGGCUUGGAGAGUAGUGCCACCAUCAUUUCCUCCUACGCCGCGCCACCACCACCAACACCACCACAACAUCACGGGCAUAACGACGGCUUGCACGGCAUAGCAGCAUCUCAUUACGGAAAAAUAAAUUCACCUCAACAUGGUGGUCUCACCCAAUAUGACUUUUCCAAGCCAUUGGCCUCACCACCGACAAGCCAGCCUUCCGAAGUCUCCUAUCCCUCAAUCUCCAAAUCAUCAAAUCUCCCUCUCUUUGAUUUCAUGUCUUGGGACAUGUUCAUGGACUACGGCAAUGGCGUAUCAGCUGAGGCAAACGAGAUGAAUAACAAUGAUGGCACAAACAGUGCAGAUGAUUCUUACGACGAUCGCCAAGCGUCGGUGUCACCGCACAUGAAACACAACCAGCGACCGGUGCAACCACCUCCAGAGGCCACAUCGCAGGUGGCAAAAAAGCGUCGCGUUCACCACCACCGCCCUGGCUCAAAAUGCGCCUCGCCCUCGCCACCGCCCUGCAGACGGCCGAGUCAAGCCUCAGAAAAGUUCUGUCCACCAAAGGGCCAACGGGCCCACUCAGCCAUAGAAAAAAGGUACAGGGCAGGCAUCAAUGAGAAGUUCGAAGCGCUGCGGGGCUGCAUCGAGUCGCGCAAGCGUCCGAAGCAGGAGUCCCUGGGGCAAGCCCUGCGGCCCGAGAGCAAGGAGGGCGAGGGUGGUGGUACCACCACUGCCCCUGAGCGGAAGAAAGGGGCCGGCGGGGAUGCGGCCAGCAGGAUGAACAAGGCAGAAGUUCUGAGUGAGGCGACCGAGUACAUCCAGCAGCUGGAGGAUGAGAACGGCGUGAUGCUGGACCAGCUUAAGAUGCUCGUCCAGCGUUUGAGGGCGACACGGAUGGCUCUUCAGCCUAUGACACCGGUGUCGAGUGCUUCUUCGACUGUCUAA